AUGCCUCUUACCCAGGAAUCUCUCGAUGAUGACAGUAGCUCGACAACAUUGAACGAGAAUCCGACGACUCCCUUGAUCAAUUUGGUCGUAGGCGAUCCCGAGAUUGGCGCUACUGCUCACAAUGACUCACGAACCGACACGAUGUCAGAAUUAUUGCAACCGCAAACUGGCCUCCAGAAAUUUUCUGCCAUUAUCAGUGUCGGUGGUAUGAGCUGCGCAGCAUGCGCCAACUCAAUUACGAACGGCGUUCGUGAAAGCCUCGAGUUCGUCGACGACAUCUCCGUCAACAACCUUACUCAUAGCGCGGCGGUGCGCUGGACCGGAUCUCGAUCCGAUGUCGACAAGAUCAUUGAGCAAAUAGAAGAUAUGGGAUUUGAAGCAAUUCUUGACCAUGUGAACAGCAAGGCUGUCUCAGCCCGAAGUAACCAGAAUGUGUAUGUCGUCGAUUUGGCCAUAAGCGGCUUGACUUGCGGAUCUUGUGUGGAGAGCAUUACAAGAGGAUUGCAAAGUUUGCCGUUCAUCACAAACGUGGUCAUCAACUUUCUUUCCCACAGUGGGAAAAUCGAGUUUGAAGGCAGGGAGAAUGCCGACGAGAUUAUUGCGAAAAUUGAGGAUCUGGGUUACAAUGCUUCAGUUCAUAGCAUAUCUCCCGUCAACUCCGAUGUUGAUAUACUCGCACCGACCGGAGCAAGGACUAUAUCCAUCCGCGUCAAUGGCAUGUUCAAUGACCAUUGCGCCGACAUGGUCCUAGAAUCUUUGAAUGGCAUCUCAGGACUAAAAGUCGAGGAACAGCCAUACCUCGACAAUCCAAUUGUCACCAUCACAUACUUUCCACAACCUCCCUCUCUUACUAUCAGAUCUAUCCUCAACACUAUUGACUCCAUCGACAAGUCUUUCCAUGCAGAAGUCUACCGUCCACCCAGCAACGAGGAACGAUCUCGAAUGAUGCAAAAAAGAGCUCGACUUCAAUUGCUCCGUCGACUAUCUUUCGUCUUUGUCAUCUCCAUCCCCACGUUUCUGAUUGGAAUGGUGUUUAUGAGCUUUGUUCCACCAGAGAACAAAAUUCGAAAAUAUCUGGAGACACCCCAAUGGCUCCAAAUCACCCGUAUGGACUGGGCGUUGUUAGUCCUGACUACCCCAGUCAUGUUCUAUGGUGCAGACUUGUUUCACAAGCGAGCUUUCAAGGAAAUCUAUGCGCUCUGGCGGCCUGGAAGUCCUACACCUCUAGCACAAAGAUUCUUCCGCUUUGGUAGCAUGAAUCUUUUGAUUUCUGCUGGUACUGCAGUGGCAUAUGUGGCAUCUCUGGUAUCCCUGGUUUUCGAUGCGGUCUACGGCACAGCACCUGACGCACACCGCUCGACUUGCUUUGACUCUGUGGUGUUUUUGACUCUUUUUAUCCUAGCAGGGCGCUGUCUGGAAACAUACAGCAAAGAACGAACAGACGAUGCUGUUGCUUCCUUGGGCCAAUUGCUCCCUACCGAAGCUAUUCUCGUGGAAAAUUCGGGAGCAUCUGGCUCAGAACGAUUCCAGAAUAUCAGCACUCAUCUGCUAGAAAUUGGUGAUACUGUUAGCGUUCCUCAUGGCGCAUCACCACCUGCAGAUGGAAUCAUUCUCGGCUCUGGAUCCUAUCACUUCGACGAAAGUUCUCUGACUGGCGAAUCCACUUCGGUCAAGAAAAGCGCUGGCGAUCAAGUUUUCGCUGGAGCAAUCAAUGUUGGUUCGCCUGUCCAGGUGCGGCUCACCGGCGUGGGUGGCAUGUCAAUGCUCGACCAAAUCAUAACCGUUGUCCGUGAAGGCCAAAGUAAGAGAGCAUCGAUCGAGAGAGCUGUGGAUACCCUUACAGCUCAUUUUGUCCCCGUCAUCACCUUGAUCGCAAUCAUUACGUUCAUUACCUGGGUAAGCUUGGCAUCAGCAGGCAUUUUGCCGCGAGAUUAUCUAGAUUCGUCUCACAUGGGUUGGACUUUUUGGAGCUUAGAGUUCGCCAUUGCGGUGUUUGUAGUUGCUUGUCCCUGUGGAUUGGCACUUGCUGCUCCCACGGCUCUAUUUGUUGGUGGAGGCGUCGCAGCUCGACAUGGAAUCCUUGUUAAAGGUGGUGGCGAAGCAUUUCAAGAAGCUAGUCGUCUGAAUGCUGUCGUCUUCGAUAAAACUGGUACACUUACAGACAGUGGAAGUCUCCACAUCAGCGAUUAUGAGGUGCUCACAGGUAACUUGGAGCAAUUAUCCGUCGCAUGGAACAUUGCCCAGAGCUUAGAGGAACAGAGCAAGCAUCCGAUCGCCACAGCCAUCCGCCAAUUUUGUCAAGAGAAAGAAGCACCUUCUGUUCACAUUGUUGAUUCUGAUAUCACUGAAAUUGCCGGUCAUGGAAUGCAGGGUACAUUCACUCUCAGCCUCGGCAACGAGAGAUCAGAUAUUUCUUCGACAACGAAUGUCCAAUAUGAAGCGGCUAUUGGCAAUGAACGCCUGCUAAAACGACUCUCCCCUCCGAGUACAGAUACCUAUUAUCUGUCCUCGCUUCUCUCGAAAUAUCAAACGACGGGCAAGUCGGUGGUGAUACUUUCACUUCGUCGAAGCGAUGCACCGGAAGCUUCAGAGCGGAGUCCCUUCACUCCAGUGAUCGUUUUUGCAGUUUCUGAGACUAUUCGCCCUGAGGCCGCACGCGUCGUCGCCAAGCUUCAAAGUAGUCAAGUCGAUGUCUUCAUGUGUACGGGCGACAAUCAAACAACCGCGCAUGCGGUUGCAGACUCCUUGGGUAUUCCUCGUACACAUGUCAUGGCAGGAGUUUUACCAACUGAAAAGGCAACUUUCGUUAGCCAGGUGCAGCAUGGUAGUCAGGAGUUUCAAGCGAUUCCAACAAAAGCCAAGAAGAGUACAUCUAGAAACAGCACUCGAUCAAUUGUUGCUUUCGUCGGCGAUGGUGUCAACGAUGCCCCAGCCCUUGCAGCCGCAGAUGUCAGCGUUGCCAUGGCUUCUGGCUCUGAUGUGGCAAUCAGUUCUGCAAGCUUCAUACUUCUCAAUUCUGAUAUCGGCAACAUCCUAGAGCUCGUCCUCUUGAGCCGUCGAGUGUUCCGCCGUGUCCGACUCAAUUUCCUCUGGGCGCUCGUGUAUAAUGUGUGUCUGAUUCCCAUUGCAGCGGGUGUGCUCUAUCCGAUCGUUAUCGGCCAGGCAGAGCAGGUGGUUGAUGGUAGGGUGGUGCUUGUCAAUAAGCAUUUUCGAUUGAGUCCUGUCUGGGCGGCUCUGGCCAUGGCGCUUAGCAGUAUCUCGGUUGUAUGCAGCAGCCUUGCCUUGGGGGUUGAGAAGCGACAUUUCACGCAAAUAUUUAAAAGAAAGGCUGGACGUUAG